AUGAACUUUUUCAAUUUCGAAUCUGACAACUUCCUCGAUGAGCAUUCGACCUUCGAUGAACCCGCUAUCUCUGAGGAACAGGUCUUUACCCCCUAUGCGGAGGUGAAAAACGCAUUGAACGUGGUAAGGAAAUUCGGCACUGGCAUCUCCUCCAACGAUGUUGACAAGAUGGAUCCAAACCAUGGCUAUGUUGGAUCGCCAGCUGAAGAUAAGGGUAGCUUUUCAGGAAUCACCGAGUUUGACUGUGCGGCGUACACGAAGGAAGGGCUUACGGAAUACCAACAGAAAAAAAUUAUGAAGCGCAUGUUUACUGCCUUCGACGUUCAACAAAAACACUAUCUUGAUAUCGCCCGGUUGAAAGAACUUUGUGAGUACGUUGGCCGCUCUAUCACAGUCGAAACGAUGGAAAAGAUGUUCGGGGAGCUGCAGACGAGCGAUGGCAAGGUCACCUUCGAGCAAUUCUGGAAUUGGUGGAUCAACUGCCCCGAUACCAGCAUGACGACGAAGGCUUUUUCACUUGUAUCUGCCGACUUCUCCGUGCCCUACCACCAACAGCAGCUCAAAAAGAGUGAAGAAGGCGAAAUUUUCACCCCGAGCUACCGCAUCAAGUACUAUUUCAAGGACCUUGAGACCGGCCACGUGAGGCCCGUCAGCCCCUGGCAUGACAUCCCCCUGCGGGUGUGUGAUCCUUUGCGCACGAAGCCCGAGCACAUUCCGGCGAACCGCUACAAUAUGAUAUGUGAAAUCCCCAAGUGGACCCGUGCCAAGUUUGAGAUCGCCACCAAUGAGCCCUUUAACCCGAUCAAGCAGGACAUUAAGAACGGCGUCCCGCGCUUCUACAAACAUGGCGAUAUGAUGUGGAACUACGGCGCGAUGCCGCAGACGUGGGAAAGCACCGAGAUAAACUUUCACGACGGUUAUAAAGGCGACAACGAUCCUAUCGACGCGGUGGAGAUAGGGAUGCAGCAGAUGCGUGUGGGGGAUGUGCACCCUGUCAAGGUGCUUGGGGUCCUCGGCAUGAUUGACAAUGGGCAGAUGGAUUGGAAGGUUGUUUGCAUCUCUGUGAACGAUCCCAUUACUCGGUUCAUGAAGGACAUCUCUGAUGUGCCAAAGUUCCUGCCGGGUUGCUUGGAUGCCAUGCGAGAGUGGUUCCGAGUUUAUAAGAUUUGCCAGGGAGGCGUCGAAAAUAAGUUUGUGUUCAACGGCGAGUUUAAAAACAAGGCGUUUGCGAUGCAAGUAAUAAAAGAGUCCCAUUACAUGUGGAAGAAUCUCCGAAAAAUCAAAGGGACCAAAAAUUUUUAA